AUGAAAAAUUAUAAUCCAAAGCAAAACAGCAAACCUAAUCUAACAUAGAUUAUUACAGAUCUUCAACAUUUGGAAGAUAUGGAUAGACAGGACAUUGAAUAAUAAAAAAUACUGAAAUUAUAAUUGUCCAGAAUAGAAAAUUUGAAAAAGGAGUAUUCUAAAAAGGAGUAAGAAAUUUGUAGACUAGAACAGCAAGUUGAAUAAUUCAGAAUAUAUUAUGAUAAAUAUGAAAAUGUGAAGAAACUUCUUGAAUCAGCUUUGGAAUAACUAGAGAAAAUUGAAAAUUAGAAUAAAUCGCUAUAGAAAAAGUUAAGUGACUUCUAGGAAUCUUAUGCCAAAUUAGAAUUAACACAUCAAACACUGUUGGUUGAUUAUAAUAAUGUCAUAAUGGAAAAGGAAGUCAAUCAGAUCUCUCAAAAUACCAAUCUAAGAUUAGAACUCAAUGACCUAAAAUCAUAAUAUAAUCAAAAGAUAUAACACAUGGAAGCAGAAAUCUAAAAGUAUAAACAAACCAUUUAAGAGAGAGAAAUGCAAAAUAAUAAUUUAACUAUCUAAUUAAACACUUAAACAAAAUAAAUGUUAUAGUAUAAAUAAUAGUCUAAAAAUGUGGAUCUAAUUUUGAAAAAUCAUUUAAAUUCUACUAAAUAACAACAUAAUUCUUAUCAUUAAUCGAUAUGUGAUACAGAAAUUUAUAAGGAAGAUUAAACUCUAAAAAUAUUAUGCUCUUAAUUAACUUAGGAUUAUGAUGAAGCUGUUAAGAGAAUUUAAUAAUUUGAAAGGUAAUUAACUGAAUAUAGAACAGAAAAUCUUGAAUUAAAGAAGUAUAUUCAAUACUUAACUGAUAAAUGA